CUGCUGGGAGUGAGCUGAGCAUCCCCGUCCGGGAUACCCAAGCUCCGCGGCGGCUCCCGCGCCCUAGCCCCACACGGACCUGCCAGCCCCAGGGAACAAAAGCAGAGUCCCGUCGCCCUCUCCUGCAGCCAGAGGAUGAGUCUAGAGGGCUGAGCGGAGAGUGUGGUCCUCAGCGGCUAGAAGCUCCUGUUCUCCAUCUUGACAUCAGAGAGUACCAAACUCUUGGGGAAACUAUAGACCAGCAAAACAGCCAACUGAAGGAACAACAACAACAACAACAAAACAGUGUAGAAGGACAUAGUGUUAUCUACGUUUACUUACCCAGCUAUGUCCUUGGCUUUUCUCGAUGACGAUUCCUGACCCGUGGCCCUGGCAGUCUUGGGCAAACACUGUCCAGUUUCUUCAGUCCAGACCUUGGAGCCCCCUUUUCCCCAGCCAGUUGACCGAACUUUCUAGGACACGUCAUCCAGCAAGACAUGGUGGUGAACCCUGGCUCUUAAUCUUCAUGAGUGAGAGACUCUUUUGCACAACACAAAGGAGGGAAAAUCCUCCCCAUCCUGUGCAAGUUGCUGAUGCGGAGCUCCCGUGCAGACGCUGAAGUGUAAUGCAUGUUGCCAUUUUCCUGGAAGGGGCCUCCUAAGUGUGCUCGGAAGGAGUGAAUGAGAUGUGCAGCUCGGAGCAUUGUUUCUGAAGGGAGGAGUCAUUCUCUUGGAGAGGAGUCCUCCAUGAGCCUGGCCGAGGCCCGGGAUCUGUGUGAAGUGGACUAAGGAUUUAGUAGGAUGUCAACUGAGACAGAACUUCAAGUAGCUGUGAAAACCAGCGCCAAGAAAGACUCCAGAAAGAAAGGCCAGGAUCGCAGUGAAGCCACUUUGAUAAAGAGGUUUAAAGGUGAAGGGGUCCGGUACAAGGCCAAGUUGAUCGGGAUUGAUGAGGUUUCUGCAGCUCGGGGAGACAAGUUAUGUCAAGAUUCCAUGAUGAAACUCAAGGGCGUUGUUGCUGGUGCGCGUUCCAAAGGAGAACACAAGCAGAAAAUCUUUUUAACCAUCUCCUUUGGAGGUAUCAAAAUCUUUGACGAGAAGACAGGGGCCCUUCAGCAUCAUCAUGCUGUUCACGAAAUUUCCUACAUUGCAAAGGACAUCACAGAUCACCGGGCCUUUGGAUACGUUUGUGGGAAGGAAGGGAAUCACAGAUUUGUUGCCAUAAAAACAGCCCAGGCGGCUGAACCUGUUAUUCUGGACUUGAGAGAUCUCUUUCAGCUUAUUUAUGAAUUGAAGCAAAGAGAAGAGUUGGAAAAAAAGGCCCAAAAAGAUAAGCAGUGCGAACAAGCUGUGUAUCAGACAAUUUUGGAAGAGGAUGUUGAAGAUCCUGUAUACCAGUACAUUGUGUUUGAGGCUGGACACGAGCCAAUCCGUGAUCCCGAAACGGAAGAAAACAUUUAUCAGGUUCCCACCAGCCAAAAGAAGGAAGGUGUUUAUGAUGUGCCAAAAAGUCAACCUGUAAGUGCUGUGACCCAAUUAGAACUUUUUGGGGACAUGUCCACCCCUCCUGAUAUAACCUCUCCCCCUACUCCUGCAACUCCAGGUGAUGCCUUUAUCCCGUCUUCAUCUCAGACACUUCCGGCGAGUGCAGACAUGUUUAGUUCUGUACCUUUCGGCACUGCUGCUGUACCCUCAGGUUAUGUUGCAAUGGGCGCCGUCCUCCCAUCGUUCUGGGGCCAGCAGCCCCUCGUCCAACAGCAGAUCGCCAUGGGUGCUCAGCCACCAGUCGCUCAGGUGAUGCCGGGGACUCAGCCCAUCGCCUGGGGCCAGCCGGGUCUCUUCCCUGCCACUCAGCAGCCCUGGCCAGCUGUGGCCGGGCAGUUCCCGCCAGCCGCCUUCAUGCCCACACAAACUGUUAUGCCUUUGCCAGCCGCCAUGUUCCAAGGUCCCCUCACCCCCCUUGCAACCAUCCCAACCACGGGUGACUCCACCAGGGCAAGUCCACAGACCGAGACGCCCAGACAGAAAAUGGGGAAAGAAAUGUUUAAGGACUUCCAGAUGGCCCAGCCUCCGCCCGUGCCCUCCCGCAAACCCGACCAACCCUCCCUCACCUGUACCUCAGAGGCCUUCUCCAGUUACUUCAACAAAGUCGGGGUGGCACAGGACACAGACGACUGUGAUGACUUUGACAUCUCGCAGUUGAAUUUGACCCCUGUGACUUCUACCACGCCAUCAACCAACUCACCUCCAACCCCAGCCCCUCGACAGAGCUCUCCAUCCAAAUCAUCUGCCUCCCACGCCAGCGAUCCCACCACAGAUGACAUCUUCGAAGAGGGCUUUGAAAGUCCCAGCAAAAGUGAAGAGCAAGAAGCUCCUGAUGGAUCACAGGCCUCAUCCAACAGUGAUCCAUUUGGGGAGCCCAGUGGGGAGCCCAGUGGUGAUAACAUAAGUCCGCAGGCUGGUAGCUAGAUAGCACAGGUCUGGGAGCUGGAGCCUCUAUAUGCACAGAUCAACAGACCUAAGAAGUAGCAUCGAGGUGAGCUCAUGGCAGGUACUUCACGACUGGCAUGGAAAUCAGCAUCACGACAGGCUCUCUUGUAUUCUUCCACCUCACCUCAUCCCACGACGAAAUUCAUGAUUGCCCAAUGGAACUCAUUUGGAAGAGGGAACUAAGAGUUUUUGGCAACUAAUGGCAGAUGACUAUGGCAGCACAAAAAAAAAAAAAAAAAAGAAAGAAAAGUAUAAAAAAUCAUACCCAACAUUAAAUCACAAAUCAAGCAAAUGCUUACCCAGCAAAUAUUCUGAGCUCUCUUAGUGUGGGUUUAAGAUGACCCAGUAUGUGAAAUCAUAAUUCUCUUUUUAUUUCUCGACCUGUUGACCGCUGUAAAGACAUCAAAUGUGGAGUGACAGGCCUCAGAGAGUGACAACAGGGUUGGCACUGACUGCUUUUAGACAAAAGCAAGAGGUCCUCUGUGACUACAGUAUCCUUAUCCAUAUGCUUUUUGACAUAUGACGAUGUCUUUUCAUCACUCCACAGGGCCUGGUCUGCCAUUUUUUUCCCCUUUCCUUUGUCAUGUUUGAAAACUAAUGGGUGUAAAAAUUUUUGUAUUGCUUUUGACUUUUUUUUAGAUAUGGGUGAGGAAAUCUAACUGGAAAAGAAAAGCCUCAUAUGAACUGAAUUAACUUGAAAAUCACAAGACAAACAAGUGGUUGGUUAUUCUUUAUGAUCAAGAAUGUUGCCAAAACAACCCUUUAGCUAUUUCUGCAUCCUGGUGAAGAAAGACAGCUUUGGGUUGGAACCUUCAUUCUGUGAGUAGGAAAGGACAUCGGAUCCCAUUGAUGAGAAAGAUGAAAAACGCAUCUGAUUUCCUCAGAAGCUCUAAACUCUUUAAGUACAAUAAAAUAUUUUUUAUUUUUCCGAUAUCUUGCUGCUGUGUUGCUAUGCAGACAAGUGUCUUCUCCACGUGCCAUUUUCAAAGAAAAGUCAUUUGCCAAAUAAUUCUGGUACAAUCCUGGUAAUGUGGUUUUGGAUCUUAAAACCGACCUUCUAGUGGAACAAUGGUGACAUGAAUAUUCAGAAUAACAAACUGAUUCCGGGAUCACGAUGGUUCAUCUCUAUCUCUUUUUGUACAUCAGAAAAUUCAAAUGGGAUUUUUAUUUUCUAACUUGAAAAAAAAAAACAAAAACCUUACCAUUAAACUCUUUAAAUAUUUAAGGGAAA